AAUGACCUCAUUCGUUUCCAGUCUUUCUUGAAACUAACGCUUGCUAUAGUGCUCAGCUCUCUCAAAUGCUCACAUUUCGCGCCUCGCGAACAUAGCCUGGUCAUUUUCUAUGUUCACUGGGCUUGCGAUCACGAGGAAUUGAUGUUUCGGCGAAUUAAUUCUUUUAAAAGUAGCAUUGUGGUCCCUUUUGUGGCUGCCUUUGGCAGGAGACAUUACAAGAAAAAGUCAUGGAAGGUACAUGUAUAGCUGAAACUGAUUACCGACAGUGCACCGCCGGACUGUGUUUACACUCUAUUAUACAGAAAAUUCGAGAUUUCUUGGAUUUCUUAUUUUAGGAAAAAACAACUCAUAAAAUAAGAUUUCCGUUCUCGUAAAUUCAAACUGCCUGUUUAAAUUAAGGGGAAAAGAGUUCUCAUCCUAUGAUUUUUUUUUUAAUUUUUCUCGUAAAGUAAGAAAACGUCUUAAAUUGAGAGAUUCGAAGCAAUCUCGAAUUUAGAGUGUUUAGGGAAAGUUCAUUUAAUAUGACAAAGGGGGGGGAUGAAGAUACUGAAACUCGAAGCUUGAAAUUUUAGCAGCCCCCCUCGCUAGAGGUUCAAUUUUUUAGGAGCCCCCUCCUUGGUAGUCGAAAAAUUUCAGAGCCCCCCCCCCUCCUCCUUCAAUUCCUUUGCUCCCCUGAAAAAAGAUCGCUAGACUGUAUGAAAUAUAUUUACCGUUAUUGUCUUCAAUGGUUUAUACUAUGACAAACUUGAGAUACAGUUGUGAUACAAUUUUCUAAAGCAUUUUUGGGAUGAACAAGAGUGUAAUGAUUACUGAGACUACAUUUGUUAUAUCUGUAAACCAUGUGAUAUAGCUGAGUUGCACAGGUCAUUAAAUUGUUGAGUUGAAAACCAUCCGAUCUGUAUGAUGAUGUCAUGUGUUGGUUUUGAAGUGUACAAAUUUUCGAGCCCCUCUCCUAGCGCAACAAUUUUUUCAGAGCCCCCUUCGGUGUCUAAAAAUUUUGAGCCCCCCUCAAUAUCUUCAUCCCCCCCCUCCCCUUGUCAUAUUAAAUGAACUUUCCCUUAGGUAGCUAGCGCUGUUCGUCACUUUUUCCAGUUAGUCAUCUCGCCGAAAAUUAUGUCUCCCGAAACCAAAAUUAUGUCACCCGAAAUUUCAUCAAGAGCAUAUGUAGUAAGUUCUUCAAGCGAAGAUGAGACCAAACAAAUGGGAUUAAUGUGUAACAUAUCUCCUUCUUUUACCCUGCGAACAGAGUCUCCUUCGAUCUUCCUAGAUAAGUCAGGAAGAGAAAGGAACCUCUGCCGACAUCCUCGACAAUUCAUAUUGAGCAUGCUCCAAAUUCAAAUUUUUCUGUGAUGUCAAUCAAACGGUUACCGUAGCAUCCACUGUGUUUGUCAGCAAAUGUAAAUGUUAGCAGGAACGUACUGGUUCGUUUUCACCCUUCCGUAGCCGUGUUUCCUCUGGAUUUGGAAGCUCUAUAGGAACAAUUUCACCUUUGGAAUCUAAACUUGUGAUGUUUCAGUGUAAAGAAGUUAAAAAAAUCUUACAGCUAAGGUAAACCUUACCGUGCUAUUCAGAAAUAAAGCAUCUAACCUUGAAGCACAGAAACACACAAAACGGAUCGAAAUCCACCAAUCACAAAUCACAAACUACGACCUUUUGUUUCCUAAGAGGUUCACUAAGAUGUGAAGGUGAGAAAGUGAAGAAAGCGCCGCUUCUUCAGAUUUUGAUUGACGUCAUAGAAAAACACAAAAUCCAAAGACGUUUUUGGCAUCUCAGGUCGGGUGUUAUCCACAAACAGCUGUAAAAGCAUUGAUCAUUUAAACGCAACGUGGAUUCUGUAGUCUCAUGAUCUUAUUUUGAAUUAAUGUUAUAGCAAACACAAAAGAAUAAGCAGAGAUAUUUGUUUCUUAAAUAUUCUUAUUCAAAACCCAUUUGUUUCUCCUUCCAAGAACUUCGCGUAACACUUACUAGAUAAUUUGUGGAUACGUUCACUUAAGUAAAUUCGCCUAAGUACAUGGUUAAAUCCAAAACAAAAUCCAUCUCAAAUUUGGGUACAUUUUCCAAUUUUUCGAAAACUGAACGUUCAAUCUAUAAUUUUCUCAAAAUUCCUGCAUGAAGUUGAAGCUGCAGCUAUUUGUAAUUGUUUUGUUAUGGAGCGUGGGCGCAGUAAGAGUCAGCAAAACUCCAAAAUAUGCGUGCGUGCACAGAUAAAACUGGUUUAUCCAGUAUAAAACUUGUCUGACUCAUCCAAAAAGCUGGAUGAUCGGCAAAUCAAAGGAACUUGAAGAUGUCGGCAGAGUGGCUUCCUCUUUCCCGACUUAUCUAGGAAAGAUCGAAGCGACUCUGCUAGCAGGGUAUCCUUCUUUAAGCUUUGAUGAGACAAACUGAUGAAACGAAACAAUCAGGAUAAAUUUGUAAUAUAAUUUUCGUUCUUUAAGGACUGAUGAAACGAAAUAGGUGUGGUAAAAACUUGUUACGAUGUUGUUGAGCUUCAUAAAAUUUCGGGCAACCUCACUCUGAUUUCAGGCAAUGAAAAUUCGGGCGAGAUGACUUUCGAGCAACAAGGCCUUAAACCAUUUAUAUAAGCAUGUUAAAGAUUUAGGCCCUGUUUACAAAGAGGGAGGGUAACCCUGGUGUGAAUGAAUGAAUGAACAUUUUAAUUUCAAUAGGGUGUAUAAUUAGAGACCAACUGUACUCUCCCUUAUGGCCCUAUGAAACUACUAACAUUUCAAAAAAAAUCCUAAAAAACUAGAAUACUAAGGUAAGAAAUAAUUUGAAUAUCAAAAUUUACUCGAAUUUACACAUGGAUAAAAAAAACUUAAUAAGUACUAUAUUAAAGAUGAAACAACAACAACAUGAUAUAAGGAGGACUUUGAAUAUCAAAAUUUACUAUGCAAAUUUGCUGUUAGUGAUUUCUUGUGUGCCAGUCAUUACAUGGACCCACAAAUUGGCCCUUGCUCAAAAAAGCUCAAGUGGUUAGAGCAUCCGACUAGAUCACGGAGGGUUGUGGGUUCAUAUCCCAUCUGGGACUACUAAAUAAGAAAAUAUUCAGUCAUUUAAAAAAGUUAAAAAAAUCUGUCAAUUUUAAAACUGCCAGGCAUGAAUUUACACGUGACUGAAUCCAAGAAAUUUCUUCUGAACUUCUUUACAUCAGAAGAGUGGACUAAAGCAAUUUCACUGACAUUGGUAGUCUUUACACUAGAGCCUAAAUAAGCUAAGAAAUAUUUCAAGACAAGUAAAUUUUAAAUUCUUCAAGUAAAAGAAAGCUUCACACACAACCUAUCUUUUUCACUUUAGGUUUACUCGAGCCUAUUUUCCCAUGCAACUUAAUUAAGAUUGCUUGACAUGCUUUGCCUUUCUCAAAGGUUGGAAACCGCAAGUUCGUUAAGUUGGUUUUAAGGAUGGUUUUCAAGUCACUUGAAACUUUCUUGAAUCAUUUCAACUUUCCGACCUUAACAAGAUGCAAAGUAAAGUUACUUGAGAUUUUGCCUAGGCAGCUCUUAAGUCUUACUUAACAGCCUAGUGUAAAGACAACCAUUUGUUCCACAGUUCACUGCAUUGUAAAAGAACAUCCACUUCAUACUAUUGGUACUUGGAAUAGGAAGCCAAUAAGGCAACUGAGAUCUUGUAAUCUUGUAUCAUGAGACUUGUGGUAUUUCAGAGAUACAUGUAACAGUGUUAGGGUUACCCUAGCAAGAGAGUUACCCUAGCACUCGCAGUUUUCUUCUUUUUUCACACAAUGUGUUUACAAGGCAGGAAGCUAUAGGGUUACCCUACCUGAGUGCUAGGGUUACCCUAGCAGGAGGGUUACCCUAUCUGCCUUGUAAACACUCAGCUAGGGAUAGCUCACCUCACCUACCCAGGUCAACUUUCUACCGUCAUGCGUGACCAGUAAUCGUGCCAAUUUGAACGGUAUUAUCCAAUUUCUGAGCUUAAUUAUAAACAUCUGAAAACUAAAAAUUUAUUUUCUGUCUAUGAUGAUAAUAUUUUCCCUUUUUUGUGAAUUUAAUGUCUUUUCCAUAGAGAACUUCAAGGUUAUUUCAAAUUUUGGACCAUUUCAAAGAAUGUCACGCAUGAGGAAACAUGUCAGCAAAGCUGGUAAAAUUGACCAAGGUGAUAGGGUAACCCCAUCUGCGAAAUUUGCUUGUAAACCAGAGCUAACUUUAACCUGCUUGCUAGGGUAACCCUAGCACAAGGGUAACCCUCUCUCUUUGUAAACAGGCCCUUAGAGCAAGCCUCCAACUCCUGACAAAUCAGUUGGAACACAUUGUCAAUUUCCCUUGCCAUCCCCCGAGAUUACAGAAUACCUGUCCACCUGCGUUGAACCUCAAAAAGCUGCCACCACAGUCCCAGAGUAGUCUACAGUUUACUUAUUCUAAGUAACAUCCAAUUUAGUUUGUUAUACAAUGAAGCAAAACAAGCACUGCACUACUCAUGUAAACUGUAGUUUACCUCGCUCUUUAAUCGACAAAUCCAAAUCAAGCUGGUUUAAAAUAUAGCAUCCCAUCUACUAAAAGUGUGUUAUUCAGCGACUAUAUGGGACUGCAGACUUUAGUGGCAGUCCAUCAACUGUUCAUUUUUAACAUUCUUAUUCAUUGAUUGUGGGACUGGAAACUACAGUCUGGUACAGUAGUCCAUUUGACUACUUGUUUAUAACAUUCCUAUUCAUUCACUAUGGGACGACAUACUGAGGUAGCACUCCAUUUCAAUUUAACUGCUUUUUUUAAUCCUCAUUCAAUAGCUUGCUACUGCAGACGUAUUUCCUGUCGUGGAGAGAAAUGACAACUCAAAAUAUGUCUGCAGUCGCAGGCUACAUGUACAUUCAAUGACUACAAGACCACAGUGUCAAGAUUACUGUAGUACAGCUUCUAAGUGGCCAGGUAUUCUGAAAUUGCUUAUAAAAAGUGUCAAGAAUUUUUUUAAAAAAUUGAAUUCAAAAAUAUUAUAAUGCUUUUUACUAGAAAGAGUAUUCAGACAUUAAUUGCAUGUUUCGUAAUUGUGUGUUAUUGGAUUAAAUACAAAGACAUAUGCUUUUGAACCUGUUAUUCGGGAGAGCUUUUCAUGGUUAGUCUGCUUCCAAUCCUUACAAUUUUGCAACCAACUGUUUUUCUACUGGGGAGACCCCUUAACAAAGAUGUCUGACUUUGGAACUUACUAUUUCAAUUAAUUAUCAAUCAUAUUUCAAGAUAUUUCUUUAUUCCCCUGAUAUUAGUAUUAUAAAGGAAAUUAAAAGGGAAAUGUAAAGAAUCGACCAUAAGAGGACACAGAAAAAUUCUGAGCCCCAGAUGGGAUUUGAACCCAUGACCCUCGGUGUUCUAGAUUGGAUGCUCUAACCUCUGACCUACUGAGGACUCGUUGGUGAGCAAGGGUCAUUUUUGUGGGUUGAACUUGUGAACCGCAUCAUGCGGUCAUGCAGUCCAUCACAAGUGACACAUUGUGACCCUUGCUUGCCAACGAGUCCUCAGUAGUUCAGAGGUUAGAGCAUCUGAUCUAGAACACGGAGGGUCGUGGGUUCAAAUCCCAUCUCGGGCUCAGAUUUUUUCUGUGCCCUCUUAUGGUCGAUUCUUUUUCUCCCUUUAUUUCCUUAUUUACAUUUCUUUAUUACAAGAUUAUUAUUUUGAUUUCCAUCCCUUUUUUUGUAACAUUUGAUUUUUAGAUGCAGAGGAAAAAGGAAAAUUCGUUGGAGAACUUCCAUGCUUUCUAUUCUAAUCAAUUUGGUGAAGACUGGCCAUCAAUAUUUGAGGCACUAAAACUUCCAAUCCAGCACUGUGCAGUGGUCAACAAGUUUGCAGCUUUGGAAGAUGUUCGUCAAAAGCUAUCCUCAACUGAGGCACAGCUUCAUAACCUAUCUCUCUUUUACAGUAACUCUGAAUGUGCUAAAAAUCAGUUCCAACUGGAUUGUUACUUCCCAAAUUCAGAAAACCAUAUGCGAUUUGCAAAGCAAGACAAAACAAACAAUGGAUAUUUUGAUUACUAUCUUCUGGAUGCUUCUUCAAUCCUGCCAGUCCUUGCUCUUGAUCUCCAUCCUCACAGCACAGUUCUUGACAUGUGUGCUGCUCCUGGAGGGAAAAGUGUUCUUAUUUCACAGUUUCUUUCAAAUCAAGGUGCCCUUGUCAGUAGUGAAGUGUCAAACACACGACGAGCAAAUUUAGUUAAGGUGAGCAAGCUUAUCUCAGCUGAUUAGUCAUAUGAUGAAAACUCCAUGCUCUAUAGAGCAGGAAACAGGCACUCUCCAGUAUGGCAUUUCUGUACUUCAUGACAAAAGAUGCAAAUAGUUGUUUUCUGGAAAUGUGUUGAAUUAUAAAGUAAGGCUCUCCAUUCUAUUUUUUUUCUUUGAUCCUAUUAUCCUGAAUAUUAUUGUUCAGUAACAGAUAUGAUAAGUGACUAUAUAUCUCUGAUUUGAGACUGAUGCAAUUAUAGAUUUUGCUAAGGCUAAAAGCGAACCUUCCUGGAUGCUGAGUGGCCUAAGGCUUAUUCAAAUUGAACCUAAGUUUAUUAGAUAACUUCAAGAGCACAGGCUUCUAAAAUGAAUGGUGAUUUUUAUUAUUAUUGUUUUUAUUUAAUAUUUUUAGCUCGUAUUCAUUUUAAGAUAUUAAUUUUAGUUUUUAAGGCUAUUCACGGACUUGCGCCACAAUAUAUUAGUGAUUUCAUUAGUGUUAGGCCGAAGUCCUUUUACAAUCUCAUAUCAAAUAGUAGUCUUUCACUCAAGUCGCCGAAGGAGAAAAUGCUUUCUAUGCUUGGUGCCAGGUCCUUUUAUGCUGCUGCGCCAUAUUUGUGGACUAGUUUGCACACUGAAUUGGGUGAUAUUCAAUCAUUAAGUACUUUUUCAGGCAGGUUAGACAAUUUUUUUAUUUUUAUAUUUAUUUAUUAAUUAUAAUUAAUUAAUCAAUUUGUAUCAGUUGUAUCAGUUGUAUUUUAUAUUGUAUUGUUCAUAUCAUUUGGAUAAGAUUUUUAAGUAAGUGAAUGAUUGUAAAGCGCUGCUGAUCAUUCUAUGUAAAGAGUGCUAUAUAAGUAUUUUAGUUAUUAUUAUUAUUAUUAGUAGUAGUAGUAGUAACGGUGACUGAUAUACGAUAUCACAUUUAUUUUCUCUUCAUUCUUUCAUUCUAGGUAAUAAAAGACUACAUACCCAAGAUUUCCAAAACUAAGGAAUUAGUGCACGUCAGAAAUCUGUCUGGCUUCAAAUUUGGCGAGUAUGAACCAGCAACAUAUGACAGAGUAUUGGUGGAUGCGCCCUGUUCAUCUGAACGCCACAAUUUGCAAACAAAUUUUGAGUUCAGUAUGUGGUCUGAUGUGAGUGCUCGGGCGAACGCAAAUCUCCAGAAAAAACUGCUUAUGUCAGCUGUACAAACUGUGAUCCCUGGUGGGACAGUGGUAUAUUCUACUUGCUCGAUGUCAUCUAUUGAGAAUGAUGGAGUUAUUGACGACGUUUUGUCGCUUUGUUCAGGUAGCAAACAACUAAACGUUAACGUCGUGGACUCACAUUUUGCAAAUCAUCCGUUGUCAGAAAUGUUUAAUUACAUGGAAACGAAACAUGGAAUCCUCGUAUUGCCUUCCUAUACUAGGAACUGCGGUCCGAUGUAUUUUUGUAAGCUUCAGCGUUUUUCUGUGGAAUCUGAUUCUGAUUUACAAAGUAAACGCUUCGUAGUUUGA